UGUCCGUAUCCAUGUCCGUGCCCAUGUCCGUGCCCAUGUCCGUAUCCGUUUCCCUGUCCGUAUCCCUGUCCGUGUCCGUAUAUAUGUCCGUGUCGCUGUCCGUAUAUGUGUCCCUGUCCGUAUCCCUGUCCGUAUAUAUGUCCCUGUCCGUAUAUAUGUCCCUAUCCCUGUCCGUAUCCCAGCCCGUGUCCCCCAUUCCCGCAUUCCCGGCCGGAAGCGCGCAGGGCGCGGGGAGGCGGAAGCGCGCGCGGGGCCGCGGCCCAAAGAUGGCGGCGAAAACACAGGGCGGGAUCCGCCUGAGCGCGCUUUGCCCCAAGUUCUUGCACACCAACUCCACCAGUCACACCUGGCCCUUCAGUGCAAUUGCAGAGCUCAUAGAUAAUGCCUAUGACCCUGAUGUAAAUGCAAAGCAGAUCUGGAUUGACAAGACAGUCAUCAACGACAACAUCUGCCUGACGUUCACUGACAAUGGGAAUGGGAUGAACUCGGACAAGCUGCACAAAAUGCUAAGCUUCGGCUUCAGCGAGAAGUCGGUGAUGAACGGGCGGGUGCCGGUGGGGUUGUACGGGAACGGCUUCAAGUCGGGCUCCAUGAGGCUGGGCAAGGACGCCAUCGUCUUCACCAAGAACGGCGACACCAUGAGCGUGGGGCUCCUGUCCCAGACCUUCCUGGAGGUCACCAAGGCAGAGCACGUCAUGGUGCCCAUCGUCACCUUCACCAGCCAGCGACAGAUCAGCGACCCAGCAGAAUCCAAGAACAGCCUGAAGGCCAUCCUGACACAUUCCUUGUUUUCCACUGAGGAGAAACUGCUGGCAGAGCUCGAUGCCAUCAUGGGGAAAAAGGGAACCAGGAUUAUCAUUUGGAAUCUUAGGAAAGAUAAAAAUGAAAAACCAGAGUUUGACUUUGACAAGGAUAAAUAUGACAUCAGAAUUCCAGAAGACUUGGAUGAAACGGGCAAAAGAGGAUAUAAAAAACAGGAGAGACUGGACCAGAUUGUUCCAGAAAGCGACUACUCCCUGCGAGCUUACUGCAGCAUUUUGUACCUGAAGCCAACCAUGCAGAUCAUCCUGAGAGGACAGAAAGUGAAAACACAGCUGGUUUCCAAAAGCUUGGCCUUCAUUGAGCGUGACAUAUACAGGCCCAAAUUUCUGAAUGCCAAAACGGUAAGAAUUACAUUUGGAUUUAACUGCAGAAACAAAGAUCAUUAUGGAAUAAUGAUGUACCACAAAAACAGGCUCAUCAAAGCUUAUGAAAGAGUUGGCUGCCAGCUGAAGGCAAACAACAUGGGGGUCGGUGUCGUUGGGAUUAUUGAGUGCAACUUCCUCAAACCAACCCACAACAAACAAGACUUCGACUACACAAAUGAAUACAGACUCACAAUAGCAGCACUGGGAGAGAAGCUCAACGAUUACUGGAAUGAAAUGAAGAGGAAGAAGAACGAGGAAUAUCCCUUGGCUCCGCCAGUUGAGGAGAUCCAAAAGCAGCCAGACCAGACGUGGGUGCAGUGCGACGCGUGCCUGAAGUGGCGGAAGCUCCCGGACGGAAUCGAGCACUUGCCGGAGAAGUGGUACUGCUCCCUGAACCCUGACCCACAGUUCCGGAAUUGUAACGUGCCCGAGGAGCCGGAAGAUGACGAUUUGAUACAUCCGACCUACGAGAAAACGUACAAGAAAAAAGACAGGGAAAAACUGAGGAAGAGACUGGAUUACAGCCACCAGAUCAAUAAUGAAAUAUUUUUAAAAACAUCUGUUUCUUCAAGUAAAGACUUCAAAACAUUCACAGCUGUGAGUGGAAAGGAAGCUGUUCCAAGGUUGCUUUUACCAAAAUCAUCAGAUGCUCCUAUCAGAAGAUCUCUGCCUAUUUUAAUCAAAUCAGUCACUUCCCUCCAUCCAGACGCUGACAGCAGCCUCAAGCGGAGGGCGCAGAGCUGUGGGACACCCGUGUCCUUGAAGACACCCCGCCUGAGUGACAGAGCAGCCAACCACCACGAUGAGGGCGAUGGUGACGAUGAUGAUGAUGAUGAAGAUGUCAUCAUCUUAGAGGAGAGCAGCACUCCAAAGCCUUCGGCGGAUCCCGACGCUCCCGCGGUCAAAACCGAGUGCAUCAGUUUGGAUCGGGAGGAGAAGCGGAAGGAGACCCGCGAGGUGGGAGAGCUUUGCACUGCGACCACCUCAGAAGCCAGGAGCGAACAGCUGAGCUCAGCGACACAGACGGAGCUGCCAGGCCUGGUGGUUAAAAAGGAAGAGGUGGAAGAUGAAAUCCCAGUGGAAAUUCCCGGGGCAGGGGUGGAAACCGAGCGGCACAAGGUGAACGGUGUUCCCGAGACACCUGCAGAGACUGACAAUGAACUGAGAAAUCAGCUGCAGUUGUUACACAGAGAGAAGGAAAUGUACCAAAACAAAUGCGAGGCAUUGACCAAACAGGUAGAAACACUGGAGGAGAGGCUUUUGGAAAUGAAUAAUAAGUAUGUAAAGAAGGAAAUGUGCCACCAGUCAACAGAGACAGUUCCCUCGGGUGAGGAGGAAAGUGCCAACGGGAGGAGCUUGGCAGAAGUGACUGUUCUCUACGAGCAGGCCUUGGGAGAAGUAGCAAAGCUGCAGGAGCAGUGCAAUACCCUGCAGAACCUAAAAACUGAGUGCAGCAAAUGUGCUGAUGGGGAGAGCAAGAGUGAGGUGGAGGAAAUGGCCGUGCAGCUGGACAAUGUGUUCAGGCAGCUGGACAAGUGCAGCAUCGAGAGGGACAGGUACAAAAGUGAGAUUGAACUACUAGAAGUGGAAAAAAACCAAAUGGCCUGUCAGUGUGAAGAGCUCAAGGCAGAACUCGCCCAGCUGAAAGCUUCAAUUCCACAAGCAGUUGCACAUGCAAAUGGUUCUACCACCAGUAAUGUAGAAGAGACUGUAAAUUUUUCUGAUGGAGAAAGCCUGAAACUCCGCUCUCUGCGAGUGAACGUUGGACAACUUCUGGCCACGAUGCUGCCUGACCUGGACCUGCAGCAAGUCAAUUAUGACAUUGAUGUCGUGGAUGAAAUCCUAGGGCAGGUCGUAGAACAAAUGCAUGAAAUCAGUAGUACUUAAUAUCUUCCCCUUUCAGCAGAGUUUUAGUUGAUCUUCCAUCAUAACCUUCCUGGAGGUUCCAAAAUGUAUAUAAAUGCCUGUUCCCCUGGUCUCCAGUUUUAUCUCUGAGUGUAUGGACUGGGCACGUUUCCAUGUUCCCACAGGUGCAGUGGGUGUUCCCUUCGCUCCCUCUUGAAGGAACGCUGUCCAUAUUGACCAGCCCCCACGUACUGAGUUAAGGGUUUUGCUUUUGAAACGUAUUUGUAAUUAAAUUUGCAAAUGUUUAUACGAUUAGGAAUCUUAAUACUUUUCUACCGAAGCUUUUUCGUUCACUUUGGCUCUUCCGUGAGCAUCAAUUAAUACUUGUGAUUAUUUCCUCUACUAAAGUGUCAGUAGUGGAAUAUCUUAGAGAUGCAAAAAAGAACUUCCUUGAUGUUCUUCCUGGGCAGAGCUGUUGUGUCCCACAGGAUUGUUCCAUUGCUCCCAGCAAUGUUGGCUGAUGCUUUCAUGGGAUAGAAAUGUAAGUAGGGGGUGAAAACGUUACCAUCUGGGUAAUAUUUGAGGUUUAGUACCAAAAGAGGAGCGAUUCCUUAAGGGUUUUAUCCUGAAAAACUGGUGAUGAACUGGUUGAAUGGGAGCCCUUGGAAAAGGAGGGAUGUUUCCUUCUCUGUGAGGUGAACUACAGAGUGAGCCAGAGCUGAAAAAACAUCCAGAUGUCACUGGUUUAGACAUCUUGGAUUAUAGGUGAGGUAAGGGAGUCCCUCUUUGCCACAUCUCCCCUUUCAGAGUUCUGUGCUCUAAAUGUUCCCAUUUUUCCAUGGUCCUGGGUAAACCUCCUGGAGGAAAGGGUCCCGAGAGCAAUGGCUGUUCCAGUGGGGACAGCAUUCCCAGCCACUUCCAGGGUUUUCUUCCCAAGGCAUCGGCAAUGAUCAAAGGGGCGGCAAAGACAGCAAGUGCACCUUGGACUCUGUGCUGGGAUUUGUCCCCCAGAUUCUUUAGAGGGUGCUCAGCCAUUGGAAUGGGCUGCCCAGGGAAGUGGUGGAUUCUCCAUCCCUGGAGGUGUUUAAGGACAGACUGGA